AUGGACGGUAGCGGAAAGGGCCCUUCGUCCGCGCCUGACGGCGGUGGUUCCUGGCCCGGCGGACCAAAUCGACCCCGCGACGGCCCUUACGGCGGCGGCGGCGUUGGCGGCGGCGGAGACAGUGGGUUUGGCACAGGCAGGGACAUCGGCGGACCUAACGCGGGGAUGGGAUCUGGAGGAGCGGGGGGGAUGGGAAUGAUGGGUAUGGGGGCCAUGGGCGGAAUGGGGAGUAUGGGGGGAGCGGGCGGAUCGGGCGGGAUGGGAGGUCCGGGUUAUGGGUUCGAUCCGAUGUACCCGCAAGGGUACGGCGGACCCAGCUCCGGAGGCGGAGGCGGGGAUUCGUCGCGCAAGUGGGGAAAGGGAGAGGGAUCGGCGGAAGGCGGCGCGCAGGUGGGAUCCGGAGGCAUGGUAGGCAUGGCCGGGCCUGGAGGUAUGGGAGGGUCGGGGCCUGGUAUGGCCCCUGGAGGUAUGGGUGCUGGUGGCUUGGGUUUUGGCAUGGAUGGUGGCGCGCGGGGAGGGGGAGGCGGAGGGGGGUGGGGGAUGGGGAGUAUGGGGGGGAUGGGGGGCAUGGGGAACAUGGGCAUGGGCGGGAACAUGGGCGGAGGCAUGGGGAUGGGAAUGGGCGGAGCGGGCGGAAUGGGGAUGAACAUGGGAUUUGGGCCGGGCCCAGGGGGAAUGGACGGGCCUGGCGGAUGGGCAGGCGGAGGGGGAGGAAGAGGGGCAAUGCCAGGCGGCAUGGGCGGAGGGGGAGCGGGAGGCGGAGGGGGAGGUGGGGGCGGCGGAAUUGGGGCUGGUGCAGGGGGAGGCGCCGGGGCAGGUUCCGGCGGAGGCGGAGGGGGCGCUGGGAUGGGCGGAGGAGGGACAGAAGCGGGUGGUAUACCACCAAGAGCGCCCCACUCAGGCCCAGCGAACGGCCCUGUCCGAGGGGGGAUCUUCUACCGCACAAAGAUGUGCGUGAAGUUCCGCAAUGGCGUGUGCCCGUACGUGACCAACUGCAACUUCGCCCACACGCAGGAGGAGCUGCGCAGGCCCCCUCCCAACUGGCGCACGCGCAUGUGCCACCGGUGGGAGAUGACUGGCACCUGCCCCUUCGGUGAUAAGUGCCACUUCGCCCACGGGGUUCAUGUCUCGCAAAGCAUGGACGUCGACGCGGAUGGCGAGCAGCCAAGAAUAGCUCCCACGUAUACUCCUUGUCCGUUUAAUGGCGAGUCGCCGGGCCCUAGAUGCGGUCAUACGCUCACAGCCGUCGCUGCGGUGGGCGAGCCAGGGAGCGCCAACUACGUGGGUCCGAGGUUGAUUCUCUUCGGUGGAGCCACGGCUCUGGAAGGCGGAGCUGGCGCCUCUGCUGGCGGCGCUGCAGGCAUUCUCGGCGAGCCUCCGUCUCCUCGGGCAGCUCACGCGGCGACGGCAGUGGGGACCAUGAUCGUCAUUCAGGGUGGCAUUGGGCCGGCGGGCCUGGCAACGGACGACCUGCACGUGCUCGACCUCACGCAAGCGCGCCCCAAAUGGCACAGAGUGGUGGUGCAGGGCGCGGGGCCAGGGCCUCGCUACGGCCACGUGAUGGCACUCGUGGGGCAGCGCUUCCUGCUCUCCAUCAGCGGCAACGACGGCAAGCGGCCGUUGGCGGACGUGUGGACGUUGGACACGGCAGCAAAGCCGUACGAGUGGAAGAAGCUGGAGCCCGAGGGCGAGGGGCCGCCGCCCUGCAUGUACGCCACUGCUAGCUCCAGGCACGACGGGCUGCUGCUGCUCUGUGGUGGUCGUGAUGGCAGCAGCGUGCCGCUGCCAGGCGCGUAUGGGUUGGCGCGGCACCGAGAUGGGCGGUGGGAGUGGGCCAUCGCCCCUGGCGUGUCUCCCUCCGCGCGCUACCAGCAUGCCGCUGUGUUUGUGAAUCUGCGCCUGCACGUGUCGGGUGGAGCCCUGGGGGGCGGGCGCAUGGUGGAGGACGCGUCCAGUGUGGCGGUGUUGGACACGGCAGCGGGGGUGUGGUGUGACCGCAAGGGCACGGUGGCAGUGGCGAGGACGGGGCGCUUCAGUGCGGACGCGCCUGGGGGCGACGCCAGCACCGAGCUCACCCGCCGCUGCCGCCACGCCGCUGCUGCCGUCGGCAACUCCAUCUUCAUCUAUGGCGGACUCCGAGGGGGUGAGUCCCACCACUGCCAAUUCCGCUCUCUCGUUUUCUCCCACCCCGCCCUUCCCAUUACCCGCCCUUCCCAUUCACUCUUCCCCUUCCACCCCGCCCUUCCCGUUCGCUAUUCCCGACCCGACCCACCCGACCCGUCUUCCCCCCAACACACCACUCGCCCCUUCCCCCCACAGGCACGCCAGACAUUCUCCUGGACAAUCUGCUUAUCGCUGACGACCCGCCACCGUCGCCACUCUCUUUCUCACUCUUUUGUCACACCUGUCUGGUCGCUUCUCCUCCCCUUCUCAUAUCCCCAUCUUCCCCCCCCUCCCCACACCACUCGUUCCCCCCGUCUCCUGCACACGCCAGGCAUCCUGCUGGACGAUCUGCUGAUCGCUGACGACUCGCCACCGGAGCCACCGCCUCUGCCUGCCCCGUCUGCCAAGGCGGAGGGCGUGGGCAACCGCAGGCCGCCCGUGGCCCCCGCAAGGGGGCGCGCGCGGACGCUGCUGCUGCGUCCCCCGCUGGCAGGGACGCUGAUGGCGGGGCAGCACAUGCUCGCGACCACCUCCCCAGGUGCGUUGUGGGUGGGGCUCACUGGGACUUGGGUUGUGGGGCUGGCUGGGGUUGUGGGGCUGGCUGGGGUUGUGGGGCUGGCUGGGAUUGAGAGGCACGUUGUAGGUGGAUUUCAAAGGUGCAGCCUCACCAGUCACAGCGACGAUGGCAGGAGUGACACUCCCGACUUCAAGGGCGGUGUGCGCCUGCACCACCGCGCUGUGGUGGUAUCAGCGGAUCCAGGCGGCAACAACUUGGGGGGCUUGGUGAGGCAGCUGUCCAUAGAGCACUUUGAGAACGAGGGCCGCCGCAUCAGCUACAGCCCCGACGGCGUGCAGGCCCACCGCCGCCUGCUGGACCGGCAGAUGUCCAUCCAGGGCGUGCACAAGAAGCCUCCCCGUUCCCCUGUCCGUCCCCUGACUUGCUUACUGGCAGGUGCUGCAAACGCUGUUGAAGCCUCGGGGGUGGAAGCCUCGGUGAACCGGCAGUUCUUCCUGGACGUGCAUGGCGUCGUGGAGCUCUGUGACCUCGCUGAGACCCACUUCAAGAACGAACCCUCCGUGCUGCAGGUGCGAGCGCCGGUGAAGAUCUUUGGCGACCUGCACGGGCAGUUUGGUGACCUCAUGCGCCUCUUUGAUGAGUACGGCUCGCCCUCCACUGCCGGCGACAUCGCGUACAUAGACUACCUGUUUCUGGGCGACUACGUGGACAGGGGGCAGCACAGUCUGGAGACAAUCAUCCUGCUGCUCGCACUCAAGAUCGAGUACCCGCGCAACGUGCAUCUGAUUCGAGGCAACCACGAGGCGGCAGACAUCAAUGCACUCUUUGGCUUCCGAAUAGAGUGCAUCGAACGCAUGGGCGAGGAGGGUGGCAUAUGGGCGUGGCACCGCAUCAACCAGCUGUUCAACUGGCUGCCCUUAGCGGCCCUCAUAGAGCACAAGAUCCUGUGCAUGCACGGGGGCAUCGGACGCUCCAUCUCCCACAUCUCCCAGAUCGAGGAGCUCAAACGCCCCAUCACCAUGGAGGCGGGGUCAAUGGUUCUAAUGGACCUUCUCUGGUCGGAUCCCACGGAGAACGACAGCAUAGAGGGCCUGCAACCCAACGCCAGAGGACCUGGCCUCGUCACCUUCGGACCCGACCGUGUGAUGGAGUUCUGCCACACCAACGACCUGCAGCUCAUCAUUCGAGCACACGAGUGCGUGAUGGACGGCUUUGAGCGCUUCGCAGGGGGGCACCUCAUCACACUCUUCUCCGCCACCAACUACUGCGGCACGGCCAACAACGCAGGCGCCAUCCUGGUGCUGGGGAGGGAUUUAGUGGUCUUCCCCAAAAUGAUUCACCCCCUGCCGCCCACUGGCAACCCCGCCAACUCGUCUGAUGACCAGGAUGACACGUGGAUGCAG